GAUGUGGUGCCAUAAGUUGUUGCACCUACAAAGCAGUCUCCAGAAGCUGAUGAAGAGAGGAUACAUAGGUCAAGCUCUUCAUCUGUCCAACUUUAAAAGUUUAUUUUCAUUAUCCAUCCAUUGGUGCCAUACAGCUUCCAAGUGUGUGAAUUGUACUUGGCACCAACAUGAAGAUCAUUUGGAAAUACAAUAUGCUAGCAUUGUGAUGCGAUUUGAUUAUGUCUGGCUUCGAGACCACUGCCGCUCAGCAUCAUGCUAUAAUUCUAAGACUCACCAGAGGAGCCUAGACACUGCCAGUGUGGAUUUAUGUAUCAAGCCGAAGACCAUUCGUCUGGAUGAAACCACACUCUUUUUUACUUGGCCAGAUGGUCAUGUGACUAGAUAUGAUCUGGAUUGGCUGGUGAAAAAUAGCUAUGAAGGGCAAAAACAAAAGGUUAUCCAACCUAGAAUAUUAUGGAAUGCUAAACUCUACCAGCAAGCCCAAGUUCCGUCUGUUGAUUUCCAGAAUUUCUUAAAAACAAAUGAUGAACUGAAGAAGUUUCUGCAGAACUUUCUGCUAUAUGGAAUUGCAUUUGUAGAAAAUGUCCCUCCCACUCGAGAGCACACAGAGAAGCUGGCAGAAAGGAUCAGUUUAAUCAGAGAAACCAUCUAUGGAAGGAUGUGGUAUUUCACUUCAGAUUUUUCUAGAGGUGACACUGCAUACACCAAGCUGGCUCUAGAUCGGCACACUGACUCUACCUUCUUUCAAGAGCCCUUUAGCAUUCAAGUAUUUCAUUGUCUUAAGCAUGAAGGAACGGGUGGCAAAACACUGUUAGUGGAUGGAUUCUAUGCAGCACAACAAGUACUUCAAAAAGCACCCGAGGAAUUUGAACUCCUCAGCAAAGUACCAUUAAAGCAUGAAUAUAUUGAAAAUGUUGGAGAAUGUCAUAACCACAUGAUUGGGGUUGGACCAGUCUUAAAUAUUUACCCAUGGAAUAAAGAACUCUAUUUGAUCAGGUACAACAACUACGACCGGGCUGUCAUCAACACAGUGCCUUAUGAUGUUGUCCAUCGUUGGUAUAUAGCACACCGAACCCUAACAACUGAAUUGAGAAAGCCUGAGAAUGAGCUUUGGGUCAAACUGAAGCCUGGAAAAGUACUAUUUAUAGACAAUUGGCGAGUCCUUCAUGGAAGGGAAUCAUUCACUGGCUACCGCCAACUCUGUGGCUGCUAUUUAACAAGAGAUGAUGUAUUGAACACUGCUCGUCUCUUGGGGCUUCGUGCUUAAAAUUGAAAGCACUGGGAUUAUGAGUGAACUUGGAACCCUGCUACCAGAAUUUUGUAUCAAGAGAACAAUAUUGUGUCAAAAAUUGUUUCACUGUGUCUCCUGCACAUUCCAAAAAAAACAGAAGCUUUUCCUUAUUUUACUAGGAAAAAGCUGUUAAAGAAAGGGGGCUUCUGAAUUAUCUAAUGUCAGCCAUCUUGUAAGGUAGCUAUCUUCCCAAGUUACUGUUUUCCUAAACUUUUUGAUAUAAUUAUAAUCACUAUACUUAAGAAAUGUACUCUCCAUAUUAUAAGGAAACCAAUAAUGUCAUGUGAUUUGUCUUCAGUUAAAUCAGAAUGCAAUGUAUUCUAGAAAUGACAAAAUAUUGAUAAAGCAACAUUUAUAAAACAUUAUCUUUUAAUUCAUUUGACUAA